GCAGCAAGUCUGACCAAGUCGUAGGUCUUUUUUUAGGGCCAGAAGUUCGCACUGCUGCUCAUCGAGCACAAGUCGCUCUGGGCCCUAAGUGGAAUAGCUACUUCGAUCAACAACGCAGGAACAGUCUGAAGUGGUUAAAAGAAAUGGACCCUGACGUGUGGAAGGGGUUGCUACUAGAUGAGCUCAUUGAGGAGCUGGCAAAAGAUGAGCACAAAGUCUUAUCGUCUAUAGCAGAAAUACUAGAGCACUCCAUCUACGAGACUGCGCUCGCAGAAGUUUCAGCACAAGCCUGUGAAGAUUUUGCCGGAGAGUUGGAGGCUUGCCACCAGAAGAUUCAAGCCGAAGAAUGCUGCAACAAGGAUUCGAGAUUCAAGCGUCUAUGCCUUGAAGCUCUUACGCAUGCGCGUGAGAAGCUCGCUAGUUGUGGUUGGUUCACGGCCGCUCAGGAUGAAUUUGCGCAGAACUUGGAAGAUCGUGCAAUCUUUUACCUUAGCCUUUUACUCCUAUAAUUGUAGAGGCAGCACGCAGAUGCUUACUAUGUAUUAUUGUUGUAUCACCAUAUAGCAUAUGACACCUAUAAUGAUUAGGCUUGUUCUCUUGUAAGAAGACUUUUACUAAUCGUGAUUUUUCAACGUUUCCUCAAUGAACUCAAUACUCCUCUUGAACAGCUGACGCAAUGUCGUUCGAGGAUGCGUGUACGCUGGCAGAAGAUAAUCUAGUGCGAUGUCUAGAAUUUUUUGGGAACGAUUUCAAAGACUUGGGCAUCCUUUUCGAGAAAUUGAU